CAAAAGAUUCGAGUAAAUAGGUAAUACGUAUAAAUCUAGUCGAGAUAAGCAGAGUGACGAUUUCGUCAUUUCCGUUGAUUCUUUUUUCGAAUCCUCGGGGUGAAUUAUCCGAUGAAUUUCGGCCGGCUGCCAAUCGCCAGCAAGUUAGUGUGUGAUUAAUGAUAUAAUUGAUGCGCAGUUGGCGUAUCUUUGUGUAGUUUUUCCCACGUGGAGAUUUCCAUAGAAGCAAAUUUACACAUUUUACAAGGAUAUUUGAAUUCAUAUGAAUAUGUUGCGUCGUCGCAAAGCAAUGUACGUUUUCGCAUAAUUAUUGAUUAUUAUGCCAAUUUAAAUCACUUCUGGUGUGGACAUGGAAACGACCUGGACUAAACGCAAGCCGGUCUUUCUUCGCUAGAUCUAAUUAUUGAAUACCGUUGACGGUGAGGAUGGUUGGUGAUUACUAAGUAAAUGAAUGUACAUGCAUAGAGGGGUUUGCUUUUGUACGAGAAAAUGAAUGUGCAGCAAUCACCAGAUGUUUCGGAGGUAUCCAAUAGGAUGCAAAGCAUUUCCGAUGAAAGCCCAGAAGCUAUGACGCCACAAAGAAGAGGAAGAGGAUCCCAUGUGCGUUCCGCAAGUAUUUGUGGAUCCACUACUCCUGCGGAAAUUCAGAGGGUUCGUGAACGACUUCUCCGAACUCAGAGAACUCCACGUCCCUCUACCAUUUGGAGUUUUAAUCGUAGGCAGAAACUGGCACUUCUCACUCUGUCGAUUGUCGACUUUGUGAGUUUUUGCUCAAUGAGCAUCAUGGCACCCUUUUUUCCCAAAGAGGCGGAAGUGAAGGGUAUGCCGGAAUCUAUUUCAGGUCUAGUAUUCAGCUUUUAUGCAAUGAUGAUGUUUCUCUCCGCUCCGAUAUUUGGAAUUAUAGCAACUUCCAAGGAUUGGUGCAAAAUUCCUAUUCAUUUCUGGACUGAUGGUAGCUGGUGUCUGCAAUGUUUUAUUUGGUUUUUUUAUAUCUGUCCCAGUUUUGUAGAUGCGAUUGUAGAUUACAAAACCUUUGUCAUUUUCUGCUUCAUAAUACGAGGUCUAGAGGCUCUUGGUGCCAGUGCAUUCUCUACAGCUGGUUAUAUAUUCGUAGUUGAUAUAUUUCCUGAUAAUGUUGGAGCAGUUUUGGGAAUUCUGGAGACAUUUGUCGGACUUGGGAUGAGCACCGGACCUGCGAUUGGAGGGUUACUGUAUUCCAUCGGUGGAUUUGGUUUACCUUUCUACGUUUUGGGUGGCAUACUGGUGGCUAUAGCUCCUAUCAAUUUUUGCCUCAUACCAUCCGCAGAUAAUUCCAUAAGGCCCAUUAGAAGAGGCUCUCGUUUCAAAUUACUCAAGCUCCCAGCUGUCUUGGUGAUUGGCAGUGUGGUUGUUAUCGCCUCCAGCACAUGGUCAUUUCUGGAUCCAACUUUAGAGCCGCACUUGCGGCAAUAUAGCCUCAGUACCAAACAGGUGGGCCUGGUUUUUCUUCUAUUCUCUGCCCUGUAUGGGAUCUGUAGUCCUUUUUGGGGCUGGUUAGCAGACAAGACCAACUCUCACUGGUCGAUGAUGACAGCAGGAUUAUUACUAUCGUCAGUUGGUCUAGCAGUGCUUGGACCGACAUCUUUGGUAUCUUUCCUCCCAAACAUAUUCUGGAUGAACAUAGUCGCUUUAUGUGUGUUGGGAGUCUCGGUUUCUCUUACUCUGCUCCCAUCUUUUCAGAGUAUUCUAGCCAAUGCUAUCCGCGGGGGUUGUGCUGACGAACUUUCAACCUACAGUAUAGUUGCCGGAUUUUGGUCCUGUGCUUAUUCAUUAGGGGAGGUAAUUGGCCCCAGUCUAGGAGGAUUCAUUUCUGAACAAUAUGGUUUCCAAGUGUGUUCGACUGUGAUGGCUGGUUUAAAUAUCUGCCUUGCUAUAAUAACGAUAGUGUUCUUUUCGUUCCAAACUGGCAAUAGAAGAGACAUCAGUCGUAAUAGCACCUCAAAAGAUAGUGGAAUCCAAUCUUCGGGUUCACUUACACACUCUGGAAGUUUACAAGGUCAAGACGAGCAAACUUCUCUGUUACAAAGAUCUUACGACCAUGGAGAUCAUAUGCGAGAUCAGGCCCGGUAUUACGCUAACUCCAGAUCUGCCGAUCGUCCAAAUAACGAUGUUGACUGGAACACUGAAGUCACAGAUUUUCGAGGUACUGUAAACGUUACAGCUUACGGAGCCUGUGAAGUAUGAUUAUUGUAGUUUAGUUUAUAGCACGUGGCAAUCCUAAGGCCACAUACGAUUCUGGUAAUUUAGCCCUAUAAUAGAAAGUGGAUCUCUGUUUUAGAAAAUUUAGUUCUUAGUAAGAUAAAAAUUUGUAAUAACGAUGGUGAAUUGAUUUUUGAUCGUCGUUGGUUCAGAGUGAGAUAGCGAUUAAUUCCUGACGUGUUACCAGGUGGUUAUACGUAAAAUUAUCACAAUGUUCGGCUGCUAACGAUGGAUUUAUAAAACGUCAGAAUUAUUGUUACCUAUAUUAGGUAGAGUAGCGCCAAACGCUUACUUAAUACUUAUACUUCCCAUCAAUGAGAGACGGUUGGAAUCGCAAUGAAUUAAUGAAAGAAAUGAAAUAGAGCGAGCGAGCUGAAUCAGGGAACCAAAACCUUUGACAGAAUAUAAAGAGCAGGAACGGGAUGUAUAUUAAAAUAGCAGUGAUGUGUUUAUUAAAGAUGUUAUCUCUCGAGUGUAUCUAUGAUUGUAACUUAUACUAGCUCGAUUUCUAUCAACAUUAGGUAAUCGAGCGAAGAUACGCGUGACUGUUUACAUAUUUAUUUUUUAUAUGCACGAUAUCGAUGCAGUUGGAAAUGUAAGAAAAUAAUUCAUGUCAAUAAACGAUAUAUUUUAGUGCC